GUCUCAUCUGAUAUAUAAAUAAAAUAUAAACCCAUUUCUCUUUCCCCGUUUAGCUGCACGCUGAAGUCUGAAGCUGGGUCUUCUCUCAUGUCUACCUGAUGAGUUUCCUGAGGCCCUCAGCAUUGUACGCCUUUCUUCUUACAUGUCCUUCCUUCAGAUGGAUGCCCUGUCAGAGUUGGGGCUUUCUUCGAUGGCCCGGUCUUGAUGGCUUCUUGAGACUUUUGGUGAUGUUCCUUCUCUGGUCUAUGUUUUUGGAGCUUCGCUUCAUCCCUUCGUCUUCUAUGCACCCGACUCUCACAGUUGGUGAUCGAAUUAUUGUCGAGAAGGCUUCGUAUUACAUCAGGAGUCCUGCCAUACAGGAUAUUGUGUUGUUCCGAGAUCCAACACAGCUGUUGGGAGACAAAGCAGCGGAUAUAGUUAUCAAGAGAGUUGUUGCAAAAGCCGGAGAUUUUGUUGAGGUUCAUCAUGGGUCUCUCUACAUCAAUGGUGUUGCUCAGAAGGAAGAUUAUGUAGCAGCACAGCCAGCAUACACAACAAACUUAACUUAUGUACCAAACGGUCAUGUUUAUGUGUUAGGUGACAAUCGAAACAACAGCUAUGAUUCCCAUAUUUGGGGACCGCUGCCUAUCAAAAACAUAGUGGGGAGAUAUGUCAUGUGUUGUCACAGACCUACAGACAUCUGACAAAUUAUACGGACAUUAUAACUGCCGUGAGAUUUUCAAAUGAAGAGUUCCCUGAAGUUUUUCCGUUGAUGUAUCAGAAGAUCACAUGCAUACUUUUGAUGGCUAUCAGCGCCUUUAAGACAUCGUAGUUGCACAUGCUUGUUCCUUGUACACCAUAUACAUGCUCAAAGUGAGAAUGAAACACACGGGUAUGAAAUUAAAAUAGGGUUAAAGUGCGCCCAGCACUCCGAACUAUUUACCCAGGUG